AUGGGCGAAGCUGGGGAUGAAAUGGCCGGGGAGCCACAGGACGAUACAGAAGAAGAUGUGGGGGACGUGCUGGCUGCGCUUGGGCACUUUGUUAGAAAGAUAGAGGACGAAAGAGGGGACUCAAGGAAGAUUUUCCCGGGGAAUUCGUUGUCGGUGGAAAGGGCUCUCAAGCAUCUUACCGAAAAACAGCGUCUGUCCAUAAGGGGGCUACUGGGCAGAUAUACCUUGAGCCCCACGAUCCAGGCGUUGAGCCCCAUGCCCAGGUCUGAGAUGCAUUACUAUCUAGGCCUUUCACACGAAAAAGGCCUUUUUGGGGUAAGGAGAAGCCAUAGAAGGGCGUUCGAGCACUACAUAAUAGCUGCCCAGCUAGGAAGUCCUGCCGGAACCUUCAGGGUUGCACAGUGUUACGAAAAGGGGAUAGGGAAGAAAAGGAACAUGAGGAAUGCAUUGCAUUUUUAUAGAUGUGCCGCAAAGCUUGGCUUAGUGGAGGCGAUGCACACAUAUGGGGUAAUAAUCCUGUUUGGGGAGGUGGGGGAUGGCACCGAUCUGGAGAUUGGAGUCUUCUAUCUGAGACUUGCUGCAAAAAAGGCAACACAUGCCUAUCCAUAUGCUCUGUAUGACCUAGGAAGGUGCUAUGAGGGAGGCAAGGGCCCAGAUAUCAUAUCUCCUGACGACUCCUAUGCAUUCAAGCUCUAUCUAAAGGGAGCAUCUCUGGACUGUCCCAACUGCCAGUUCCGAGUUGCAAGGUGUCUUGAGGCGGGGGAGAUGGGUCAAGAGAAGGACGUGGCAAGGGCUGUGGAGUGGUAUGCCAAGGCAACAGACCUUGGGCAGUCGGAUGCACAGCUAAGACUCUCCGUCCUGUUUCUGAACGGGCUGGAGAAUGUAGUUGAAAGGAACUACAAGUUAGGAUUCAGGCUUGGGCUCAAAGCAGCUGCAAGAGAAAACAUUUCUGCUGCAUACCUGGUUUCAGACUGCUACGAACAAGGUGUAGGAGUCAAGAAGAAUACCCUGCUGGCACGGUGGUGGAGCAGAAUAGCGGGCGAGCUUAGGAUGGCACAAGGAGAGCCUCCGGUUGAGAGAGUAAUGAUGGUGAUUUCCGACGAAGACUCCGGCAUCGAGCAGCUUGACUUCGAGGACGGAAUGGCGGCUGGGCUGAUAAAGGCACAGUGA